AUUUUCAAUUUUUUUUCACUGUCACAAAACAUAAUAAAAGUGCAAAAGGCAGGUGUUAUUAGGUCUUUUAUUAUUUUUCUUUGGGGUUUUUAAAGAGAGGGAAGGGUUUUUUAAGCGAUUGCUUCGGGUUUUUAUUAGUCGCCUCUCUCUUUCUCUCGCGUUCUCGACCUUCCUUUCUCUAUAACCCAAUCUAGGGUUUUAGCUUCUUGUUUUCUUUACUUAAAAUCCCAAACAUGAGCAACGACAAAGACAACUUCGCUAUGGCCGAUCUUACCGCUGCUCUUAAUCAGGAGGAUCGAGCUGGACUUGUUAACGCACUCAAGAACAAGCUACAAAAUUUGGCUGGCCAGCACACUGAUAUGCUCGAGAGUCUGUCUCCUGUUGUGAGGAAGCGCGUUGAGGUUCUCAGGGAGGUCCAGAGCCAGCAUGAUGAAUUAGAGGCAAAGUUUUUUGAGGAGAGAGCAGCACUUGAAGCCAAAUAUCAAAAACUAUACCAACCAUUAUAUGCCAAGAGAUAUGAUAUUGUGAAUGGAGCUGUUGAAGUUGAUGGAGCUACAAAAGAAGCAGCAAUGGAACAAGAAGGAGCUGAAGCUGAUGAAGAAAAGGGUGUUCCUGAUUUCUGGCUCACGGCAAUGAAGAACAAUGAAGUGUUGGCUGAAGAGAUAACUGAGCGUGAUGAAGGAGCACUCAAGUACCUGAAAGAUAUAAAGUGGUGUAGGAUUGAUGAUCCCAAGGGAUUUAAGCUUGAGUUUUUCUUUGAUACCAACCCUUAUUUCAAGAACACUGUCUUGACAAAGACAUAUCACAUGAUCGAUGAAGACGAGCCUAUUCUUGAGAAAGCAAUAGGGACGGAGAUUGAAUGGUAUCCAGGAAAAUGCUUGACACAGAAGCUUCUUAAGAAGAAGCCUAAAAAGGGAUCAAAGAGUGCGAAGCCCAUUGUUAAAACUGAGGAAUGUGAAAGUUUCUUCAACUUCUUCAAUCCUCCUCAAGUUCCUGAGGAUGAUGAAGAUAUUGACGAAGAUACUGCUGAGGAGCUUCAGAACCAGAUGGAACAAGAUUAUGAUGUUGGGUCAACCAUUCGAGACAAGAUCAUCCCUCAUGCUGUGUCGUGGUUUACGGGUGAGGCUAUCCCAGGGGAUGACCUUGGCCUAGAUGACGAUGAUGACGACGACGAUGAUGAUAUUGAUGAGCUUGAUGAUGAAGAUGAUGAAGAGGACGAGGAUGAAGAUGAGGAUGAGGAUGAUGAAGAUGAAGGCAAGACCAAAAAGAAGUCGUCGGCUGGAAACAAGAAGGGUGGAAGGACACAAGCUGGGGACGGUCAGCAGGGUGAGCGGCCUCCAGAGUGCAAGCAACAGUAGACUUGGAUUGCUGUGCAUGUGAAGUAGCUGAAUUGAUGUUUGAAAGAGUAGAGAAAGGGCGGGGGGGUUGAAGUUUUGGAUGGUUCUUUAUUUUUUAUUUAUUUAUUUUGCGUAAGUUAUUAUGAACGAUUGGUUUGGAAGUUUUCUUCUUUCCCUUUACCCUCUUGGUUUGGAGAGAAAUGUGAUGGAAAUAUAGUGUUAGGAGGAGCGGUUUGUUUUGGUCGUUGUAUGUUGGGAUUUACUUUAUAAUGUCAAAGUUUCAUGAACUCGUUUAUAUCCAAAUCCUUAUUUUAUUUGUCUUUAGUUUUAA